AUGUCUUUCCCUACUUUGCCCAUGCCCCGCUUUUCGUGCUCAUGCCGUGCUCUAUCCUACCCAUGCCCAACUUUUUACUACCGCACCAUGCUUUAACCUCUCUAUGCCCCUCACUCUACCCAUGCUUUAAAACAAGAGUUUUUUAUCAAUUCUUUACUUUUACUACUACAUCUAUGUCUUACUUUUUUCUGCUAUGCCCUACCCUGCCCUAUCCUGUCCUACUUUUUUCUACCUUACCAUGCCCUACCCUAAAUAUGCCUUACUCUACCCAUGCCCUAAAACAAUUUUUUUAUAUAUUUUUUUACUAUUUUCUACCUUGCCCUGCUUUACCAUUUCCCUAACCUGCCUUUUCCAGAACAAACCGAGACAUAAUGCAAAGAAGGGAGAGCGGGCAGACAGUGAAAAUUCACGCAUUUUGUCGCUCUUUUUAUCGAAAAAGACGCUUUUUCGGGAAAUUUUAUUUAAAAAACGUUGAAUUUGGUUCAAUUUCAAUUAACGGUUGGUUUUUAUUUUAAUUUGAGUUUAAUUUUAGGUUUUAAAACCUUAAAAUUAAGUCUAAGGGGGGUUCAGGCUUAAUUUUAAGGUUUUUUUGAUUUUUUGAAAUUUAAAAAUUAUUUUGAAGUUUUAAAAAAUGAAAAAAUUGUUUGAAAAGACAUUAAAAUUUUAAAAAUUUUAUUUUUUUUGCAAAUUUGAAAAAAAAUUUUGAAAUUUUAAAACGAAAAAAAAAAUUUUUAAAUUUAAAUUUUUUUUAAAAAAUCAAAAAAUCAUUUUAGAACCCCUCCAAAACCUUCAAAAAUUCCGUCGUCGUCGAUAAAAUACGGUCGAUUGGCCUCAUCCACCUUAACCACACCUUCAUUAUGGUAUCAUAGCAGCCAAAACGUAUACAUACGGUAUGUUUAUAAAGGAAUACUGGUAUCUGUGUGCAUUAUCGUGUUCUACCUUUUGACUGACUUCUGGAGUUGGCUACAAUAUCAUGGUGAUGAGGAGGUUCACAUUGGUUUUGGAGGUAAGGGUGGGUUAGAGGGGUUUUUUGUGGUUUUUUUAAAUUUUUAAAAUUUUUUAAAAGAUGAAAUUUUAAAAAUAUGACAUUUUUUAAUUGAUGAGGGUUUGGUCUUACAUAAAAUGGCAAUUUUUCAUAAAGUUUUUAACUAGGUUUAUUAAAAAAUGGCAUUUAUUAACCCGCGCUCCAAGGUUUUUCGCUUUUUUUUUGCUUUUUUUUUAAAUUUUAAAAAUUUUUAAAAGGUGAAAAUUUAAAAAUGUGACAUUUUUUAAUUUAUAUGGGUCUUGUCUUACAUAAAAUUUAAUUUUUUGGUAAAAAGUUUGUAUAGGUUUAUUAAAAAAUGGCAUUUGUUAACCCGCGGCACCAAGUUUUUUGCUUUUUUUCGGUUUUUUUCGAAUUUUUGAAGUUUUUGAAAAAUGAAAUUUAAAAAAUAUGAUAUUUCUUAAGUGAUAUAGGUCUGGCCUUAAAUAAAAUUGUCAUUUUUAAUUGAAGUUUUACCUAGUUUUAACAAAAAAUGACAUUUUGUAGCCUUAAAUGUUUUUUUUUUAGAAUUUUUAAGACUUUUUAAAAGAGAAAACUAAAAAAAAUAUGACAUUCUUUAAUUGACAUCGAUCUGUUCUAACAUAAAAAUUCCUUUUUGUAUAAAAACUUUAUCUAGUUUCGUCAAAAAAUGGCAUUUAUUAGCAUGCGUCAAAAAGAAUUGAUCGUUUUUGCUAUGUAAUCCUUAACAAAAAGGACCAAUUCGUUUUGGCGCGGACUACUUGAACUUUUCUCAUUGAUAAAAAGACGGGGAUAAAACUGAAAAUAGAGGUAAAUCAAGUUUUUUCAUAUUGAAAAAGGCCUAAUUUUAAAAAAUCUUGUGAAUUUUUUAAAAUUUUUUUAUGACCAAACCCGGAAGUAGUAUCAUAUUAAUUAUAUCAUAAGGUCAUGAAUAAUUGCUCUAUUUUGUUACAGAGUAAUUUUAUUAUGGUAGAAGAACAAAAACUCAAUAAAAUUUUUGAAUUGAUUUGCAAAUUUAAAAAAAUUGCUUAUAUAUAGCAGUUUUUGGAAAAAGUCUUGUCGUUUUUUUACAUUCAAAUCAGUGCAAAAAAACGACAAGACUUUUUUGACGUUUUAAGCUUAUUAUUUAGGUUUUUAAGCUUAUUAGGUUGUGUAGUUGAAGGGUGGUAGAUUGUGUACAUAUAAAGGGUAUAUACAGGAUGAUAUUGUAUUCAAAAUUCAUUAAAAUUCGUUGUUCAUAACAACAAGAUAUUCAAAACAUAUUAACAUAGACCUAGACCUCAAAAACUUUGUUUUUUCUAUUUUUCAAGCUUUUUCUAGGUUUGUGAGACUGUUUUUAUGCUACAAUAGGAUUUUAUUUUUUAGGCGUAUACUCUAUAUAUUAGACCUAGACUUUGAACUUUAGGUUUCAAAUUUAAAAGUUAGGCUUAUAUCCCAAAAGUUAGGCUGGUGUUUUGAAUUUCAAGCUGAAGAUGAAGACUUUAGUCUAAUAUUUUAAAGUUCAUGCUUAGAAUUUGAAAGUUUAGCUUACAUUUUAAACUUUAGGCUCAUAAUUUGAAACUUAGGCUUAUAAUUUGAAUUUUAGGCUUAUGACUUGAAAUUUAGCCUAAUAAUUUAAUAUUUAAAUUUGGAAAUUAAGCUUACACUUGAAAAGUUAGGCUUUAAAUCUGAACUUUAGGCUUAUAAUCUAGGCUGGUGUUUUAAACAUUAGGCUCAUAGUUUGAACUUUAGGCUUAUACUUUAAAAGUUAGGCUUAUAAUCUUAAAUCUAGGCUUUUUUUAAGUUUUAGGUUUAUAAUUUGAAAGUUAGGCUUAUAAUCUUACCACUAGGCUUAUUUUGUAAAUGUUAGGCUCAUAACUUGAACUUUAGGCUUAUUUUUAAAGUGUUAGGCUUAUAAUUUGAUAGAUAAGCUUAUAAUCUGAAGUCUAGGGCUAUGGCUAGCGCCACGGCAUGAGGUGUUCCUCAAGACCUGAAACCGUAAUUGGAAGCCUGUAUAACAACCGACUUGCUACAGUCUCCAUGCACUUAGCACCAUUCAUUUGUAUUACAAAGGGUUGGGCGGAGCAGUUGGUCGAACUGAGUUUGGCAGUUUAUUGCUUCAACCGUCUGAGCCAUAAACGUUCGAUUUAUAUGUUUUAGGCUUAUAAUUUUAAAAUUAGGCUUACUUUUUAGCCUUGCUAUGAAAACUACAACAAAUAUACUAACACUGCUAUUACUAACACUGUCUAUAUCUUUCACUACUGUAAAUUCAAAUCCUAUUUAUGUUGAGUUUAAAAGUAAAUUUUAAAAUUUUGAAUUUUUUUUUAAUUUUAAAAAUUUUGAAAAUUUUUUUUUAAUUUAAAAAUUAAAAAAAAAUUUUUUAAGAAAAAAUAAUUUUGAAGCUUACAGGCUCAGUAAACACAUACGACCCCUCCUCAUGGAAAGGUCAAUGCAAAAGAAGUCGAAUCCAAUCUCCAAUCGACCUAUCUUCUAGUGACACUUCAUAUCAAUGGAUCGAACCUCUACAGUUUGUAAACUUCAAUGAAAAUGAACCUUUGAUUUUGGAAAAUACUGGCAUGUCGGGUAAGUAUUGGCAGUCUUGUUGGGUAGAGCAGGGUGGGAUAGGGUCUGUUAGGUCCAAGUCGGAAUUGGUAUGGUAGGGCAGGGUAGAAUAUGGUAAUGUAGGGUAGAAUAUAAUCUCGUAGGGUAGGAUAUUGUAGGGUAGAGUAGGGUAGGGUAGGACAGAGCUGGGUAGAAUCUGGCGAAGCAGGGUAGGUUAGAUUUUGGUAGGGUAGAGUCUUGUAGGGUAGGGUAAGGUGUUUUGGGUCAGUGUAGAAUUCUUUAGUAUACGUUAGGGUACGUUUUAGUGAUAUAGGUUACUGUAGAUUAAGGAACGAUACUGUUGGGUUAUGUAAAUUACCCUAAGGUAGGAUCGGUUAAAUUACUGUAAGGUAGGGCAACGUAGUGUUCUGUAGGGUAGGGUAGGGUAUGGUAGGGUAGGGUAGGGUAGGGUAGGGUAGAAUAUGCUAAUAUAAUGUAUGUUACGGUAAGCUAAAGAAUUUAAAUAGUUUUUUAAAUUUUAGUCCAGCUCUCAGGCUUUGCCGAUUGGACAAAUCGGCCGCAAAUUCAAGGCGGAGGUUUGUCAGGAACAUAUCUUUUGGUUCAAAUUCACUUUCAUUGGGGUCAAAACGAGUCGCAUGGAAGUGAACAUAGCAUUAAUGGGCUUCACUACCCUGCUGAGGUAGGGUUUUGAAUUUUUAGGUCAAAAAGUACAUAGAAAACGCAUUUUUUUGCACUUUGAAGGUCAAAUUGUGGUCAAAAAGUACAUAGAAAUCCAAUUUUCUGUCAUUUUUAGGUAAGAAAUGGUCAAAAAGUUUACAGUAGAAAUUUUUUGAAAUUUUUUUAUUUUUUAGGCCCAUUUUGCCUUUACCAAGUCAGGUGAAGCCUUCGAAAUGAUCGGAAUUCGAAAAAGAACGGUGGAUAUUCACGUUCUGUCAGUGUUCUUGAACAUCCAUCCCAAACUAGGCGUAUUGGCACCAUUUGAAGAAGAACUAACACGAGUCAAAGAGCUAGGUAAGCUACCCUACUCUACCGUACCGUACCCUACCCUACCUUACUCUACCCUACCCUACCCUACCCUACCCUAUUUUACCCUACCCUACUCUAUCCUACCCUGCCUUACUCUAUCCUACCGUACUAUACCGUAGCGGGCUCUACCUUACUCUACCCUACCUUAUCUUACAGUACCACCAUUUCCAGAUCAAAAAGUAGGAGUAUACAAUCUAGUACCAAACGACCUAUUACCCAAAAACCUAGAGCACUUUUAUCGCUACACUGGUAGUCUAACAACUCCACCAUGCACCGAAGGUGUCAUAUGGACUGUAAUGGCCACACCCUCUGACAUAUCACAGAAACAACUCAACAUACUAAGACAAGUACGAGACAAAGAUGGGGAUGUUUACAUACCCGGUAACUACCGCAACACUCAGUAUCUUAACCAUCGGUCGUUGUUGUUCAAGAUUUAA